UAAACGCCUAUCCCAAAGCCCAGCGUUGCACCGGCUUUUCAAUGAUGAUUUGACGGCGUUUUCCUGCUUCUGUUUCGCCUUUGAUCUCCCAGACCGUGCCUGGGACCGGCAGGCGCCGCUGCGAGAUGCGGCGCGGAUGAUUCAGAAACACCACCAAAAAUAUUGCAAAGGCCCCGACUUGGUGCUUUCUUUAUGCUGCACCCUUCGCCCUAAAACAGGCGCCAUGCCCCGGAGGAAGGCGGCGGGGCCGCCCUGGGAGCCGGGCCCCGGCAGGCGGCGGCCCGGGGCGGCGGCGACGGCGGCGGCGGGAGGGAGGCGGCGGCCGCGGCCGGAUCGCGGCGGAGGAGGAGGAGGAGGAGGUGGAGGAGGAGGAGGAGGAGGCGGCGGCGGCGGCAGCAGCGGCGGCGGCAGCAGCGAGGAGGAGGCGCCCCGGGAGCGGCGGCCGCGGGACGGGAGCCCCGGCGGGAGGCGGCCCGGCAGGCCCGGGGGGCCCGGCCCGGGAGCCAACGUCGGGGGUCCAGGGCCCGGCGGGGCGGCGCGGGGCCAGGCCGUGGUCAUCUGCGAGCCCGAGCACAGCAAGGAGCGCAUCAAACUCGAGGGCUCCAAGUGCCGAGGGCAGCUCCUGAUCUUCGGAGCCACCAACUGGGACUUGAUCGGCCGCAAAGAAGUGCCUAAGCAGCAAGCUGCAUAUCGGAACCUGGGCCAGAAUCUGUGGGGGCCACACAGGUAUGGGUGUCUCUCAGGUAUUCAGGUGCGGAGCGUGGUGUCGGGACCGUGCGCGGCUCACAGCCUCCUCAUCACCGCCGAGGGCAAGCUCUGGAGCUGGGGUGAGCGAAGCCCCCCAAAAAAACGAUGCAAAACCUGGCGGUGCCACGCCGGGGGGCUUCGUCCUCCCGGUUUGCAGCCCCCAAACCGCUCGUUCUCGCUAGGUCGCAACGAGAAGGGGCAGCUGGGCCACGGGGACACCAAGCGCGUGGAAGCCCCCAAGCUCAUCGAGGUGCUGGGCAGCGAGGCCAUCGUGCUGGCAGCGUGCGGCCGGAACCACACGCUGGCUCUCACAGAGAGUGGCUCCGUGUUCGCCUUUGGGGAGAAUAAAAUGGGGCAGCUGGGGCUUGGCAACCAAACGGAUGCUGUUCCAAGCCCUACACAGAUCAUGUACAAUGGGCAGCCCAUCACCAAAAUGGCCUGUGGGGCCGAAUUCAGCAUGAUCAUGGACUGCAAAGGAAACCUCUACUCCUUUGGGUGCCCUGAGUAUGGGCAGCUGGGGCACAACUCAGAUGGGAAGUUCAUCGCCCGCGCGCAGCGGAUCGAGUACGACUGCGAGCUGGUGCCACGCCGCGUGGCCAUCUUCAUCGAGAAGACCAAAGAUGGGCAGAUCCUGCCCGUCCCCAACGUGGUGGUGCGGGACGUGGCGUGCGGGGCCAACCACACGCUCGUCCUGGACUCGCAGAAGCGUGUUUUCUCCUGGGGCUUCGGCGGCUACGGGCGGCUGGGCCACGCGGAGCAGAAGGACGAGAUGGUGCCGCGGCUGGUCAAGCUCUUCGACUUCCCGGGCCGCGGGGCAGCGCAGAUCUACGCCGGCUACACCUGCUCCUUCGCCGUCAGCGAAACAGGCGGCUUGUUUUUCUGGGGUGCCACCAACACCUCCCGCGAGUCCACCAUGUACCCCAAAGCCGUGCAGGAUCUGUGCGGCUGGAAGAUCCGCAGCCUGGCUUGUGGGAAGAGCAGCAUCAUCGUGGCGGCAGAUGAGAGCACCAUCAGCUGGGGGCCAUCUCCCACCUUCGGAGAGCUGGGCUACGGGGACCACAAGCCCAAGUCAUCGACAGCUGCCCAAGAGGUGAAGACCUUGGAUGGGAUCUACACGGAGCAGGUGGCCAUGGGCUACGCCCACUCGCUGGUGAUCGCCCGUGACGAGAGCGACGCCGAGAAGGAGAAGCUGCGCAAGCUGCCCGAGUACAACCCCCGCACCCUCUGAGGGGCCGGGGGGCAGCCGAGCCGCCCGCCCCGGUUUUCCAAGCGAUCCGCGGUUUUAACUACCUGUUCUCCUACAAUUUCCAAAGCGUUGGGUUUUUCCCUUAGCACCACGGCCAAGACCUUCCCCCGUGGCUGUUUGAGUUCCCAUCCCGACCCUAGCAGGACCUUUUGGCACAUCCAGGCUUUUUCAUUGUUGUUUUGUUGGUUUGGUUUUGUUAUUUUUUUUCUCUUUUCUCUGCUGUUUCGCACAGAAAGGAAGGUGCCGGCUUCGCCUGAACAGGUGUCCAUUUUUUUUACUAUUCUUUUUCCUUUUCCUAGCCACAAAUUUCCCCACAAGCACCCAGCUGCGGGCUCAGAGCAAAACUCAAGCAAAACACCGCAAAAUGCCUUUUUGCCCUGCAAUAUUGCAUUUUUUUUGGCAUUUCUCCCAAGCAGCCUCCACUUUGGGUGCUGUAAUUGUGAGGUUCUGAUCCCCAGCAUCCCUUUUUCCCAGGAGGAUUUAGGGACAAACCUGUUGUCCCUCACUCUCGGGGGACAAAGCGGGUCCUCUCCCCAGCCCUGCAUCAUUUGGGGGCUGGAUGCCCCCAAGCUGCCUGCCCCCCGCUUUCGCGCCCCCCAGCCCCCCCCCGCUGCCCAUCCCAGGGCGAUCUCAGGUAUGAAGAGCGGGCCCUGAAGCGUCAUGCAAGCUUUUCCCUUUUUUUUUUUGUUAAUUAUUAUUAUUUUUAUUAUUAUUAUUAUUUCCACUGCCUGGUAUCUGCCAAAAGCCCCUCCUCAGGCAACGCUGUGCACUGUGCUGGAGAAACGAGGUGCCUUUAUACGCAGAGCCCGGCUCUGCCUCCACAAAACCCAAGGGUGUUUUUUUUAUUAUUAUUUUAUUUUAUUUUUUAGUUUUUAGGGUUUAUUUUGAUUUUUUAAAAUUCCUUUCCACUCUCCCUGGCAGGUCGCUGGCGGUGCGCCACAUGGCCCUGCGGGGAAUUUUGCAGUACUUUAUGGAAAAAAAAGAAUUAAAAGGGGGUUCUUUAUGUUUGCUUUGGGGUUUAUUUUGGGGUUUGUUUUGGUGUGUUAGAGUCAAAACUUCCAGGACAGGGAGAGCAGCAGGGUGGAGAAGUUGGAUAUUCUGUUUUCUUGAGCAAUACUAGCAUUUGCUGCAAGUACCCAGCCCUUCCGAAAAUGGGUGGUGAGGAGGUGGGUGCAUGCAGCACCCCACAACGGGGCUUUUCUAGCCUUAUCCCCCAAUUUUUUCUACCUGCAAUGAAUAUUUCAGGGUCAUCACCAUCAGCUGCCUACCCCAAAUGGGUACGAGGGGAUGCUGCGGACUGUGUCAUGAUAGGGGUGGAAAAAACAGCAAAACCCCCACUUUCACCCCCCAAAAGCAAUUUGGGCUUGUCCUGCUUUUACACAAAAUAUUUGAGGCUCGAAUCGGUGCUCCUGGUAAUGUUCUCCCCCAUGUGCCGCCGUGUCCUGGCAGCGGGCGAGCGAAGGAGGAGGCUGGAAGAAUAAAAUAAUAAUAAACCACGAGGCUCUCGGAGCAACGUUCCUUUUAGGUGAGACAACAGGUUCCUGGUUUAGUGCUGUAAUUGUCUUCUUAAUGUUUUUUUAUAUUUCUUGGAGUAAAUGUUUAAAUAAACGACGUCAUUGUGUACA